UCGGAUCAGAGAAAGAGUUCACAAGAGCAAAGAAAGAUGCCUGCAGGACACGGUCUAAGGUCGAGGACGAGGGAUCUAUUUGCUCGUGGAUUCAGGAAGAAGGGUACGAUUCAUCUAACCACCUAUCUCAGAACUUACCACAUCGGCGAUUAUGUCGACGUCAAGGUGAACGGCGCUAUCCACAAGGGAAUGCCUCACAAGUUCUACCAUGGCCGUACUGGACGCGUAUGGAACGUCACCAAGCGCGCCAUUGGUGUUGAAAUCAACAAACAGGUUGGCAACAGGAUCAUUAAGAAAAGGAUUCAUGCACGCAUUGAACAUGUUCAACCAUCAAGGUGCAAUGAAGAUUUCAAAUUAAGAAUCAAGAAGAAUGAUCAAUUGAAGGCAGAAGCAAAGUUAAGAGGGGAGGUAAUCAGCACUAAGCGUCAGCCAAAAGGUCCCAAACCCGGGUUUAUGGUUGAAGGUGCAACCUUGGAAACUGUAACUCCCAUCCCAUAUGAUGUUGUCAAUGAUCUUAAGGGUGGGUAUUAGUUUGAUGAAUUUUGAUUGUGUCUAUUUCAUUUUGUUUGAAGUGUUUGAGAGCACAUUUUGCAACUUUGUUAUGGUAAUUUUGCUUGAAAACUUAAUUAAUGAAUAUUGGAUUUUUUUCUAGUAUGCUUAUGAUAAAAAUAUUAAUGCA